AUGAGCGCCAAAAGCCUGAAUUUCUGUCAGGAGUUGGGCGCAUCUGUUUGUGAGCACCACCCUAACUUGCGUGAAGACGAGGGCAACCUCAUUGUGGACGGUCGUCUACUACGCAUGGUUUGGGAGCUCUUGGCUGAGCAAGCACCUGCGAGCGGCCAGCAAGGAGGAACCGGUGAAGGAGGAGCUGUGCACGAGGCUCCAAGUGCCGAGGGCGUUGGUGGAGGAGCUGUUGCACCGACCAUUGACACGGGAAUGAUCAGGACGAGCUGCGACCAAUUCAAGUUUGGAGUAGAGCACAUCUCCGUGACGCCGCUGCUGGAGGGAAGGCACGACCUUACCGCAUGGGUCAGCGCCACCCGACCUCAGCUCCAGAAGGGAGAUGAUGAGACGGCGGAAUCCUACUGCAAUAGGACCCGCACCAUCCGAGCGGAGCUGCUGACCAUCGGACAGGAGGUCCACAUGGCCACGUUUGCCGCUCACAUGCUGAAGGGGGUCAAAGGGAAGGAAGGGAAAGGAGGAAGGGAGCAGAUGGACAAGAAGAAGGGCGGCAAGUGGGAGAAGAAGCGAGCCCCCUUCAAGGGGCGCUGCUACAACUGCAAAGAGGAGGGGCACAUGGCUGCCAAGUGCCCCAACAAGAAGAAGGAUACAACACCCGCGGCAGCCGCGAACGUAACCGAAGGAGACGAGAAGGGCGCGUCGCUCACCGUCGCGUGUUCGGCUGCAAAGUUGCUGGCCGACAAAAAGCUCAUGGACGAAGGAGAAAAUCUGCAAGCCGAAGAAGGUGUCAUCCGCAUCAUCGCGUCGGGAGGACAAGUGGCUGCAAUGGCACGCUACCGCCAUCGUCUUCUCUGCCCUGACCUGAAACCGUGGCCAGCAAGCAACGGCACAACGGCAGCAGCGGCAUGCAAUGGCACGAUGGCAUGCAACGGCACGACGACUGGAGCAACAUGCAACAAUACGAUGGCUGCGGCGGCACGCAACGGUACAUUGGCUGCGGCAGCAGUAGUGACCUGCGACGGCAUGUCUAAGGCAAUUGCUGAUGUGGCAUCAGGCGAGCCGAAAGAGCAUGACGAAGCGGCCAGCCUCACAGCAUAUUCAGUGGGGACUGAGGCGAUGCUCAGCCUGUGGCACACUCACCUUGAGAAUGACCAUGCUGGUGCGGUGAAGUGGACAGCCACAAACGGUGGGGGCGAACAACCGUUUGAUCGUUCGGUUGACCCUGCGGGCAGCAAGGGAACCAUGGCUCCGCCACCUCUCUGUCCAUUCUUAGCUGCUGGCUUGGCACCCGUGGGACCAGAGGUUGGUCCCUCAGCAGAUGAGCGUCGUGCAGCCGAUGAAGACAGGGAAGGAGAGGCAACGGACCUGAAAUCGGCGGCAACCCAUGGGAAGGACCCCAUACCCACGCUUCCGCCCCUCCAACCCACUCCCCCACCCCCAUAUCAUUCCAGCAGGCCUAACAAGGGGGUGCCACCCGUACGGUUUCAGCCAUCAGCCAUGACGGCUCUGGAUGCGGAUGAUGAGGACAACCCGUACGACGUGGCGUACCCUGCUAAGGACGAUUGCGACACGGACAGCGAUGACGAAGUGGAGUACCCGAACGACGAUGAGGAGGAGGAAGACACUUGA